AUGCGCAUUAGCAACGAGCGAUCAGCAGAAGACAGAGCUGUAAAGAUGGCGGCCGGUUCAGGGGCUGCAAGCGGGCACGGAGCCCGCAGCUCCAACGCUGGUCUGGAAGCGUCUUUGGAUCGACGGUUUCAAGGAGUAUCCAACACUAUGGAGUCAAUACAGGGACUUUCAAACUGGUGCAUUGAAAACAAAAAGCACCACUGCCUAAUCGUUCGUCACUGGAUGAAGUGGCUCAAGAAAUCUGACAACAAUCACCGCUUGAAUCUCUUCUACCUUGCCAACGAUGUGAUACAGAACUGCAAAAGAAAGAACGCCAUUGUGUUUCGUUCAGCCUUUGCAGAAGUCCUUCCUAAUGCUGCUCAGUUCAUCAGAGAUGUGAAGGUCCGCAAGUCGGUGGACAGGAUUUUUACAAUUUGGGAGGAGAGGAGCGUGUAUCCUGAGGACGUGAUUGCCCAGUUCAAAGCUGGCAUGAACAAAAAGGAAAAGGAGCGAGAAAAGCAAAAGGAAAAGGAAAAGUCAAAGGAAAAAGAAAAAGAAAAAGAAAAGGAAAAGGCAAAAGACAAGGAAAAAGAAAAGGAGACGCCACCGGCAACUGCCUCGGCCAACACCAAAGCUGCCCUGAAGUCCAAGAUUGUAGCGGAGUUCACACCAUACUCCCUCAUUGAGCAGUUGUCGAGAUAUAAGCGAGCAGUCGCAGAAGAGGAGUUAAGGGAGAAGCAGCUGGCAGCUCUAAGGGUGGAUGUCUGCAGCACGGAGGCUCUUAAAAGACUAAAAGACAAAGCAGGUGGGAACAAGUUUGCGAAGGACUUUGAGGAUGGCAGUUUGAAGCUGCAGGAGUUUGUCAGCUUCAUGGAGAAGGAAUUGAAAACAGGGCCUCCUCUGCUGGAAGCUUUGGGAAAUGCAGACAUUUUCUAUGAAAUGCAGUACAAGGAGGUUAAGAUUGUGGCGAAUGCAUACAAUGCCUUUGCCAAUCGUGUGGGGAGUCUUAAAAGAAAAUUGGAUUCCCUCAAGUUGACUCUACCUGGACCUGAGGACUCUCCCAUUCCCUCACCCUCUGAAGACGCCCCCUCUCCCACUGGCUCUGACUCCCCCAUCCUGGGACUGGGGGCUAGCAGGGCCCAGGUGGAUCCAGAGCUGGAUGGCAAGGCCAUGGAUGAUGGAGAAAUACCCAGUGACAACAGAGAUAUGGAGGACAUGGACUUGUCUGAUGAAGAGGCUGUCGUUGCCACAGCAGGAGACGAUGACAAGAAGGACAAGACAUCCACUGCUGUUGCCAAGUCAGAUGCGGCAUCAAAGCCUCCCACCACACCUACAAAAGCGUCUAAGAUCAACACUCCUUCCACAGCGGCCCCAGUGACUCCCACCGCUGCUGCCGCUCAAAGUGCCCCGACAACCCCGAUGGGAGUCAAUCUGGAGAAGGUGGACCUAGGAAAGAUCAGCUCCAUUCUCAGCUCACUCACAUCUGCCAUGAAAAAUACAGCAGCUAGCCCAUCACCACGGCCGUCUCCAGGAACACCCACCACUCCCUCUGGCCAAUCGGCAGCCUCCAAAGCGACCUCUUCGAGCCCUCACCUGGCCAGCAUCCUGUCACGUGUUGACAUCACACCUGAAGGCAUACUCAAUGCUCUGUCUAAAACUAACACACCAGGUUUGUCUUCUCUCUUGCAAAGUGUGACAAACAGCAUCGCUCCUUCCACUCGAACCUCUCCAGAAUCAUCAGCAGUUAAAAGCCUGCUCACCCCAACCACCCCAAAAACAAAACCCACUCUGGGCAACAGCCUCAAACGAGACACACCUGGGAGAACCAGAGAUUGGGAGAAGGCGAGACCGCUGUCCCCUCCUCCUCCACCCCCUCCUCGUCCCUCAGCUUCUUCUGUCUCUCCCCCCAGCUUAGAAUCAAAAAUCAACAGUUUCCUGCAGGGUAAUCCAGGUUUUAGUCUUGCUCUAGGUGAUGUCAGUCCUGAAGGGGUGGAUGGGACCCCAGUAAGAGAUGAGGCUGCUGGCACCCCCACCCAGGACGAGAUCAUGGACACACCUGGGAGUGUGCCAGAAUCUUUAGGGUCAUCUGGGGGCCAUAACCUCUCACCCACAGCCUACCGCAGUGAACCCUGGGAUGCUGUGAUCACCCCGUCGGGAAGCAACAGCAAUGGAGACUUUCUGGCCUCUUCCUCCUCUUCCCGGUAUGGAGCUGGAAAAAAGAGCAGCACCAAAUUAAAGGACGAUGGAGUGAUAAAUGUGAGAAAGCAGGUCUCCUCCUCCCCCAGUAAUGACAUGAAGGGUAAGAAAGAUGGACAACACGGCCAGAUCAGGAUGAUGGGAAACAACAGAGGGAUUGGAGAAAGGAGACUCUCUGCAGGUUCUCGUAAGGCUAGCAGCAGCUCAGACGAUGGAGGUCUUAGUGGUAAAAGAGAGGGGAAAAGUCAGGCGUCUCCAGGUGGAGAUGGGAAUGAGGGCCAGUACCAUCGUAUUGAGACACUAGUGUCACCCUGCACUGAAGGGGCCCCCAUCCAGACUCUAGGCUACUCAAACCGCCCACUCGCUGGCGAGCGCAUCAAGACGGUAGAGAGCAUCCGUGUGAUUGGCAGAGGCUCUCGGCGAGGGGAAGGGGCUGGCGGUCGGCCGGGGGGAGCGAUGUGGUACGAAGAAGAGGAAUACAUGGAAGCUCAGCCUCCCUCACCCCAUGCUGCCCCCCCUCCUCUUAACAUUGGCACUGAGGACAGGACCCCAGCCAUGCAUCCUCCUCCCCCGCAUCUCCUCCUCCCACAUCUCCACCCUCCUCCGUCCCAUCCUCACGCACAUCCUCCUCCCCUAGCUCAGUUCCAAAUGCCCUACCACACGGAGAACAUUCAGGCUCCUCCUCCAUCACUCCUCCACCAGCAUCCUCCUCCUCAAUCCCAUUUCUUCAGCCCUCCUCCACCGAUCCCUCGACCCCCUCCACCUCCCAUACCACAGCGCCCUUCCCCUCCACCUACUCACCACGCUGUGCCCUCUGCAGUCAUGGUGGGGGGAAUGUUGGUCCCUGUGGACCGUCCCCUUCCUCCCUCUGUCAGACCUGAAGGUGUAGAGCGAGGUGGCGGAGGGCCCAGAGGAAGCAAAAUGGCCCCUCCACCCCUCAUGUCAUCAUUGCUAGGUGAGCCCCCUAAGCUGCCCCGUCCUGGCACAGUUAAAGAGCCUUUUGUCCCCCGCCAUGCACUCCCUCUCCACCGCUUAGGUACCCCUGGUGUUCCUCUACCCUUACUGGGAAGAGUGAAAGAGUCUCUGAAUCUACCUCUUCCACCCCCCUCUCCCACAUCCUCCACACCCUCUCCCUCCACGCCUAAUUCCCCUGCAGUCGAAACUCUCCCCACUCGCCUCACUGCUCAGUCCGCUCCCCCUCCUCUCCAAAAGUCCCCUACUAGUCCUCCAGCUCAGCCCCGCAAUCAAACCUCUAACCCUGUUCCCCUCCUUAACUUGCCCAGUCCUCGACCCCCGAUCCUCUCAGUCCCAAUCCCACAGAGACCUCUGCUGCGAGGCCGAACCUCCUCUCAGCAGUUUAACCAAGAUCGCCACAUGGGGGGAUUUCGUGGGGGAAAGCGGUCCGGUCCUCCAUUCACAGGCAGUCCCUUCCAUGCGCAGAAGAGACCCUUCCUACCCCCACGCUACUGAUGUGGUCAUCUAACACAUCCUGAAUGAGAAGUGGAAGCGCCCUGCACUGAAGUGCAGAGUGUGUGUUAGCCCUGCUGGUAUGAGCCCAGAUAUCUUUACUCUGUUAAUUAGCUUGAAUUAAAACUACCAUAGGUUGUGUGUAAAUAGCAGACUAAAUCUUCAUGCUUCAGCAAGGUAGCCAGCUAGUCAUCUUACACUGUACAGUGCAGCCAUGAGGUUAUGAGUUACAUAGUGCAGUGUUGUGUAACAACCCUCAAUUUAUCCCUUUUUCCCUUUUCUCAAUACAAUGUAGAUAAAACUUUCUUUAGGUCGGGUGCCAUGACCUUAGGAAAAAAAUGCAGAUAGUUCAAGCUGAAAUUAAACUAUAGUUUAAGAGUUUGCAUACUUGUGUGAUUGUUGGGUCACCUGAGAGAGAACAGUAGAGUGAACGAGAGGUAUGGGUCUCAUAGGAUACAGAGGGAAGAAACUAAAAACAGAAGGUUGAGAUUUUGGGAAAUAGGCUUAUUUGCUGACUAACUUGAAAGUUGGAUCAAUAUGAAGUAGAUGAAUACGCCUCUCAUGCUGUAUGUGUGCUAAACAUGAAGUUACAGCUAUGACCACUUAGCUUAGCAUAAAAACUGGAAACGGCAACAGUUAUCCUGGCUCUAUCUUAAGGUAAAAAAACCCCUAAAAAAACAACCUCAGUAAGACAUUAGUCUUUGUUUAUUUAAUCUGUACAAAACCUAAAGUGUUAAAAUUAUAUGUUUUACGUUGAAUCAUGUCCCAGAUAUUUUUGUGAAUGGAUGCAGCGACUUCAGUGAGUCUCUAUGCUUACUAUGCUAAGCUAAUGGUCUCCUGUCCCCAGCUUCAUGUCAUCCAACUCUAUGCAAGAAAGCCAAUAACUGUAUUUCCCAAAAUGUUCCUCUAAAAAUGUUUUAUGAGAGUAAGUUCCAAAAUAAUCUAUUCUUCCAUGGGUGUAUGGGUGUGUGAUGUGUGUCCUGACAUGGUGUUUCUCAUUUAAAGUGAUGAGAUUCGUGUUGCAGCGGAGGUUAACACUUUUUCUUAUCUUCGGAGUACCUACUGUAAAUAAUCUUCUCUUGCUCGACCGUUUUCACCCUUCCAUCUCUCCCACUGUAUAUUCCUAAGCUUGUAAAUAUAAAAACUGAGAUGUCACAGCUUUUUUCUCUUCAAGCCCUUGUUUCUGUUAAUGAGGACAAUGAGCGUCACUCACACACCACGUCUUUACUGUGAUUCAGGCCUUGAUUAAGCUUUAGCUCCAGAAGAAUUACUCUGCAGUAUCUGUUGCUCCUUUCUGUCCUCCCUUUGAAACAACCAUGCAGAAGAGGAGGGUGAAGAUAAUUAUGUAUUUUCAUUUCCAACACAAAUGUGUGCCUGUGCGCGCUUCAAGUUAGACUGAGUCAUGAAGAUACUCGAUAUUGGACGGCGGGUGGGGGGGGGGUAUUUUACCUGAACCACACUCCUUACUAGGCUUCAACAUGUACUGACUUGAAUAAAAUCCAGUUUCAAUUCAACUUGGGGUGGGGGGGGUUAUUAUAUUACAUUUGGUCACUAUCACUUGAAUUGCGCUGUUGUAAUUCAUAUGCGCUGUUCAGCUGAUUUAUCUGUCCGUUUUCAUAUAUUUACAUAGCUGCUGCCAUUUUCAUAAUGCAUUAACACGCAUUUGUUUUUUGCGCUGUAUUUUUCUGCAAUGUCCCGUUUUGCAGCAGUGCCGACAGAUGGUAUCGGGGGCAAAAACAUUUGAGCUAAUUAGGAUUGUUUUGAAAAUGGUUUAUUUGAAUACGCCAGUUGUUUUGGCCUCUUCCUCUGUUUUUUUCUUUGCUAAUUUCAUGCUUUCGCCCUCAACCCUGUGCUUACCUUUUGCUCACAUUGCUUCAUCCAGAAACACCAGUGCACCUCUCAAAACUUAAGCGUUUAAAAAAAAAAAAAAAAAAAAGGGUCACCACUAUGGCACUAUUCCUCCAUCAUGUGCAGGAGUUAUCGCUGUUUGGCUUCCCUCUGUUCUACACUGAUGUAGUUUGCCAACGCAGGGAGAGGUGCAUGUUGGGUGUUGCUGCUCAAAGCUUCAUGUCUCCUGUGUUUGUCUGAUCAUGGAGUGUGUGUUGUCUCCAGUUCAUCAAGAUACACUGAGCACCUGCAAACGUUACCGCAUAAAGUUAGAUACAUUGUAAAAAUGUAACCACAGAAGAGAAUAUUUGUCACUACAGUGUUAGCACAUCAUCAGAGUUCUGAUGUUUUACUGAAUGUUAUACAAGUCUGUUACCACCUUUUUGUAAACUGUCUUUUUUUCUGAUCACUCAUUGAAACAGCUAAAUAUCAAUCCAAAUCAGUUUGGUGUGAGAGAAGUUAGAUUCUUAAAAAAAAAAUCCUUCUUACUAAGGACCUGUCAAGUUCAACAAUUCACUUGUCCCUGUAAAUAACCUCUCUGUGUUUCUUUUUUGACAAAUUGAGUUGGAAGUUGACUGAAGAUGUGACAAAAGCUGAUAGUCUGUGUAUAUUUGAUAAGUUGAAUUGCUCUUACUGCUGUUCUCAUCAAUGAUGCUAUAUCACCGG